AAUUUAGCCGAAUUGGAAGCAUUAUGUACUCGUCUCUACGUAGGGACUGAUCUCACAGAAAGAAUAGAGGCUGAGAAAGCACUCUUGGAACUGAUUGACAGCCCAGAAUGUCUCAGCAAGUGUCAACUUUUAUUAGAACAAGGAACAACAUCCUAUGCUCAGCUCCUUGCAGCAACAUGUCUUUCAAAACUUGUUACCCGAAUCAGUCCUUUACCUAUAGAACAGAGGAUAGAUAUCAGAAACUACAUUCAGAAUUAUGUGGCAUCACAACCUAAGCUGGCUCCCUUUGUCAUUCAAGCUCUUAUUCAAGUCAUUGCUAAACUCACUAAGUUGGGGUGGUUUGAAGUUCAGAAAGACGAGUUUGUUUUCCGAGACAUUAUUGCCGAUGUAAAGAGAUUCCUUCAGGGUACUGUGGGACACUGCAUAAUAGGAGUGAUUAUCCUUUCUGAGUUGACUCAGGAGAUGAACCUGGUGUUGGCCAAACCUUUAAAUCUUCAGGAUCAAGAUCAACAAAAUCUGGUGAUGCAAGUCUUAAAACUGGUCCUCAGCUGCCUGAGUUUUGACUUCAUUGGAAGUUCAGCAGAUGAAUCUGCAGAUGAUCUAUGCACAGUGCAGAUUCCAACAACCUGGAGAACAAUUUUCCUGGAACCAGAAACAUUGGAUCUUUUCUUCAAUUUGUAUCACUCGCUUCCACCUCUACUGUCUCAGUUAGCACUUUCAUGCUUAGUUCAGUUUGCUUCUACAAGAAGAUCCUUAUUUAGCAGUCCUGAACGUGCCAAGUACCUUGGUAACUUAAUUAAAGGAGUAAAAAGGAUACUUGAAAACCCCCAGGGUUUGUCUGAUCCUGGUAAUUAUCAUGAAUUUUGUCGAUUUUUGGCUCGUUUAAAGACCAACUAUCAGCUGGGAGAAUUAGUUUUGGUGAAGGAGUAUGCUGAGGUUAUCGGAUUGAUUGCUAAUUUUACUAUUACUAGCCUACAGCAUUGGGAGUUUGCCCCCAACAGUGUUCAUUACUUACUAACUCUGUGGCAGAGGAUGGUAGCAUCCGUUCCUUUUGUGAAAUCAGCUGAACCCCACUUGUUAGACACUUAUGCACCUGAAAUCACCAAGGCCUUUAUCACUUCCCGAUUGGAAUCUGUUGCCAUUGUAGUGAGAGAUAAUUUAGAUGACCCCCUGGAUGAUACUGCUACCGUGUUCCAGCAGCUGGAGCAGCUGUGUACAGUCAGCAGAUGUGAAUAUGAAAAGACAUGUACUCUUCUUGUACAGUUAUUUGACCAGAACGCACAGAAUUAUCAAAAGCUCCUGCAUUCAGCUUCUGCACUACCUGUUGAUGUGGCAAUUCAAGAAGGACGCCUUGCAUGGCUGAUAUACUUAGUUGGCACCGUUGUGGGAGGGAGAUUAACAUACUUAAACACAGAUGAACAUGAUGCUAUGGAUGGAGAAUUAUCUUGCCGCGUUUUUCAGCUUAUAUCUUUAAUGGAUGCCAGAUUGCCUCGCUGCACCAAUGAAAAAAUAGAGCUUGCAAUUCUCUGGUUUUUGGAUCAGUUUCGUAAAACAUAUGUUGGUGAUCAGCUUCAAAGAACAUCAAAG